GCUCUGCGCCGCCGGCGCCCGCGGGAGCAACAUCUGCAGCACGCGGGGGGUGACCUCCUGCAAGCAGUGCCUGGCCGUGAGCCCGCUGUGCGCCUGGUGCUCUGCCGAGGUCUUGGCCCAAGGAUCUCCUCGCUGUGACCUGCUCAGCAACCUGCUCCAGAACGGGUGCGGGCGCAACCACAUCGAGUUCCCGACCAGCAGCGUAAAGAUCCUGGAGGACCGGCCCCUCAGUGACAAGGGCUCGGGGACCUCCACCACCACCCAGAUGAGCCCCCAGAAAAUAGAGCUGCACCUGCGGCCGGAUGACUCCCAGAUCUUCCGUGUCCAAGUACGCCAAGUGGAAGACUAUCCCGUGGACAUCUACUACCUGAUGGACCUGUCAAACUCCAUGAAGGACGACCUGAGGAACAUCCAAAACCUGGGCACCAAGCUGGCCAGUGAGAUGCGCAAGCUAACCAGCAACCUACGCAUCGGUUUCGGGGCCUUUGUGGACAAGCCCAUUUCUCCCUACAUGUAUAUAUCUCCUCCACAAGCCAUCACAAAUCCUUGCUAUGAGAUUGGUGAGACCUGCCUGCCCAUGUUUGGCUACAAACACGUCCUGGCGCUCACGGAUGAGGUGACCCGCUUCAACGAGGAGGUGCAGAAGCAGAGCGUCUCGCGGAAUCGUGAUGCGCCCGAGGGCGGCUUCGAUGCCAUCAUCCAAGCCACUGUCUGCGAUGAGAAAAUUGGCUGGAGAAACGAUGCUUCCCACCUGCUGGUCUUCACCACGGAUGCCAAGACCCACAUUGCGCUGGACGGGCGCCUGGCAGGCAUCGUGCAGCCCAAUGACGCCCAGUGCCACAUUGACGAGGACAACUUCUACUCGGCUUCCACCACACAGGACUACCCCUCGCUGGGCCUGAUGACUGAGAAACUCUCACAGAAGAACAUCAACUUGAUCUUUGCCGUGACGGAUACUGUGGUUGGCCUCUACCAGAACUACAGUGAGCUCAUCCCGGGUACAACAGUGGGGACCUUGUCCAGAGACUCCAGUAACGUCCUGCAACUCAUCGUGGACUCUUACGGGAAAAUCCGCUCCAAGGUGGAGCUGGAGGUGCGGGACCUCCCUGAAGAGUUGUCCCUGUCUUUCAAUGCCACCUGCCUCAACGACGAGGUCAUCCCCGGGCUCAAGUCGUGCAUGGGGCUCAAGAUUGGGGACACGGUGAGCUUCAGCACAGAGGCCAAGGUGCGGGGCUGCCCGCAGGAGCCGCAGAAGUCCGAGUGCGGCGUGUUCCGCUGCAAGGGUGGGCGCCUGGGCUCGCGCUGCGAGUGCUCCGAGGAGGAGUACAGCCCCGCGCAGCAGGACCGCUGCAGCCCCCGCGAGGGCCAGCCCGCGUGCAGCCAGCGCGGCGAGUGCGUGUGCGGGCAGUGCGUGUGCCACAGCAGCGACUUCGGCAAGGUCACGGGCAAGUACUGCGAGUGCGACGACUUCUCCUGCGUCCGCUUCAAGGGACAGAUGUGCUCAGGCCACGGGCAGUGCAGCUGCGGGGACUGUCUGUGCGACCCGGACUGGACCGGCGACUACUGCAACUGCACCACGCGCACCGACACCUGCAUGUCCAGCAACGGGCUGGUGUGCAGCGGCCACGGCUCCUGCGUCUGCGGCAAGUGCGACUGCACCCAGCCCGGCUCCUACGGGGACACCUGCGAGAAGUGUCCCACGUGCCCCGACGCCUGCACCAUCAAAAAGGAUUGUGUGGAGUGCAAGAAGUUCGAGCGGGGCGACUUUGUGGAGCAGCAGUCCUGCAGCCGCAUGUGCCGCGACGAGAUCGAGACGGUGCAGGAGCUCGGCGACAGGGGCAAGGACGCCGUGAACUGCACGUACAAGGACGAGAACGACUGCGUGGUGAGGUUCCAGUACUACGAGGACUCCAGGGGCAAGUCCAUCCUGUCCGUCGUGCCGGAGCCGUAGUGCCCGAAGGGACCGGAUGUCCUGGUGGUCCUGCUCUCGGUGACGGGCGCCAUCCUGCUCAUCGGCCUCGCUGCCCUGCUCAUCUGGAAGCUCCUCAUCACCAUCCACGACCGGCGGGAGUUCGCCAGGUUCGAGGAGGAGAAGGCCAGGGCAAAGUGGGACACGGGCCACAAUCCUCUAUACAAAGAGGCCACGUCCACCUUCACGAACAUCACCUACCGUGGGAACAUGUGAGGAUGCCCACGGCCACCCCGUCCCUU